AAACCAAACAAGUGUUAAAUAUUCCAUGGUUUUGGUGUCAACUUGUCAUUGUGAUGACAUGCACAUGAUUACACUCUCUCCUAAAUACCACUCCUUCUCACUGCCACCACCUCUUUUUUUCUUCACAACAUGUCAUUUUUUCCCUAUUUAAAUUAAUUACUAUACACAUUUUCUCUCUUUUUUAAGUCUCACCCAAAAAUCCAAUGAAACCCACCAAAACAAUGUUAUGUAUUUAUAUAUCUUACACCUAAGCUAUCCAGCUAACUACCUCAUCAUCACUUGCUAGUCCUACUCAUAUAUAAAGCUCAAAACCCCAUAACUCAUUUUUCAGAAUAUAUACAAAAGAAAACAAACCAAUUGUGAGGCUCAAUAUGACACUUACAAUAAAUAUUGUUGUGUUGUUUAGCUCAAUUUUGGCUUGUGCUCAUUUGUCUUAUGGUGGUAAUUUUAACCAAGAUUUUGAUAUCACUUGGGGAGAUGGUAGAGCUAAAAUUCUCAACAAUGGAACCCUUCUCACACUUUCUCUUGAUAAAACUUCUGGCUCUGGUUUUCAAUCCAAAUUUGAGUAUUUAUUUGGUAAAAUUGAUAUGCAAAUUAAACUUGUGCCUGGAAAUUCGGCUGGAAUUGUCACGGCUUAUUAUUUUUCUUCAAAUGGGUCAAAAUGGGAUGAGAUUGAUUUUGAGUUUUUGGGAAAUUUGAGUGGUGAUCCUUACAUUGUUCAUACCAAUGUUUACACUCAAGGAAAAGGAGAUAGAGAAGAACAAUUUUAUCUUUGGUUUGAUCCAACGGCUGAUUUUCAUACCUACUCAAUUCUUUGGAACCCUCAACGUGUUGUAUUUUAUGUAGAUAAAGUUCCAAUAAGAGAGUUCAAAAACAUGGAAUCAAGUGGAAUACCAUUCCCAAAGAAUCAAUCAAUGAAAAUCCAUUCAAGUCUUUGGAAUGCAGAUGAUUGGGCCACAAGAGGUGGUUUAGUGAAGACAGAUUGGACUCAGGCCCCAUUUACUGCUUCUUACAGGAAUUUCAAUGCUACUCAGGCUUGUUUAUGGGCCUCAGGCCAUUCUUCAUGUGGCCCAUUGGGUUCAAAAUCUAGGCCCAAAAAUUGGCUCAAUCAGAAUCUCGACGGUACCGACAAAAAGAAACUGGAAUGGGUCCAAAAGAAUUAUAGAAUCUAUAAUUAUUGUACUGAUAAGAAGAGAUUUUCCCAGGGUCUCCCUCCAGAAUGUGCCAAUACAAAAUAAUUAUUACAAUUUUUUAAUUAAUUUUUGUAUUCAAAAUAUAUGUAAAAUAUUUUUAAUUAUUUUUUCAUGACAGUGUUUGGUAUGCUUACAAUAUCAUCCCUUUAAAAUUUUGUAAAAUUUUGAAUAAUUUACAAUAUCAAAAUUAUGUUUGAAGUU